AUGGACUUCGUGAGCGAGAAGCUGAGCGACUGCGACAGGGACCACCUUCUCCCUCCUCAGAUCUUCGGACGAACUUUCCGGAACACUACAUUGCCUUUGCUGGACGUGAUGAAGCAGGUGGACCUGGUGCCGGAGACAGGCUCUCCUGCCAGCCUCGCCACAUGGGUGGCUUCGCAGUGGGACAGUACCCUGAUGCACAUCAUCAUCCUUACCACGCAGAUGGCCACGUUGUGCUUGGCGGACAUGUACCACUGGGCAGGCUUUGACUCGGGUUGCCAGCAGAUCCACAAGUCCCUUCGUCACUUAGCCAAGGAGGUUCCUGAGCGUCUGAGAUUUCGGCCAGCAUGGCCCGCAACGGCCAGCGUUCCGAGCUGGAUUGAGGCGGCUACAGAGAGGGCCAUCGAAGUGUUGCAGUCGGAGCUGUGGAGUCUGACAUCAAGCCUGUGCAUGCACCUGCCAAGUCCGUAUCCUUCUGUCGAUGCCCGUACCUGCGGCGCCAUGUGGACGUGCUGGACAAUGCAUGCGCGAAUGGCGCAGCUGACAGCAGUUUUGACCAGCUGGUCCUACAUCGUGCAGCUCCAGCUGGAGAUGGCUUUGCUUUGGACCCUCUUCCCGCCACCUGCGCCGCGGCCGAUGCUACCAGAUCUUGUGCUUGGCAUGGAUCCAGGCGACAUAGUUGACCACGUGGACAUUCAAGGUUCCGCCAUGAGCUCCCUACUGCGACUGGCGUUCCCGAAGACCAAGAUUUCCAAGAUAUACAUGGUUGAGGUGGGCGUUCACCGCGCCAAUCUUGCAGUCCACCUCCUGCAAAAGCACCGGCAUCUGCAUUACUUGGGAAUCGAUCCAUACAAAGGCCGCUAUGAGGGAAGGACCGCAGAAGAACAGCUGCUCCGCUUCGGAGCUGCCGAGCAUUUUCGCACAUCUGUGCAGAGACUUCGGCGAUUCGGGCAGAGGGCGCACCUCUGCCGCCGCACGUCAGUUCAAGCCAGCCACAGUCCGCUGCACACCUGCCGCUCCCGAUGGGCUGUCGCAAACUUGGAUGUGAUCUUCAUCGAUGGAGAGCACGACUUCGCAUCUGUCGACCAGGACCUCCGGCUUUGGGCCCCACGCGUUCGCCCGGGUGGCCUGGUAGCCGGGCAUGACUAUCGCUUGCCUGAUGCCUUCGAUGUGGUCCAGGCUGUACAUAGGCACUUGCCGCCGGGCCAGCAACUUCAAGUUGGUCCGGACGGCAUUUGGUGGUGGAUCGCUUGA